AUGGCGGGACUUUUCAUCGUAACCCUACUCCCUAGGGAGUCUCGAUGCCAGCAGACGGCAGCUGCUGUCUGCAAGGGAUUGAUGAGGAUGUCGACGCAAGAACUACCUCCCAUCAUCGCUGCCCUGGUGCGGACAGACGAGUUUGGGCGCCUGGGAGGUGAUGCCAAAAACUACGUAAUGAAGGGGCCCAAGUCUCCCCGGAAGGAGGUGAAGGACAAAGAAGAGAAAGACAAGGAGAAGAAGGACAAAAAGGAGAAGAAGGACAAGGACAAGAAGGAGAAGAAAGAAGACAAAGACGACGGAGAGCCUCGGGAGACAAAUGUGGAUGCCUUGCUUCCGCCAGCAGACACGCCGUGGUCUAAGCUGGAGGAGCUGAUUGGCGUACCCUGUGUGUCGACUCUUCUUCGGCAGUAUCCUUGCCCAGCAGCAGUUCUGAAGGAUCUCGCCAGCAUGGUCGAGGAGUUGGUCACCAAGCUCCGGGAAACCGAGCUUGCAGAGGCCCUUGCAAGCGGUGAGACGGUGGUUCUCUUGAUGGGCCGAUACCAGGACUGCCUCAGUGAGCUCAACGGGGUUCCGCCACGGCUUGAGAAGGUCUCUUCCUUGCUCGACAACCUGGAGUACGAUGAUCGGCACAACCGAAAGGCAUUUCCCACCUCGGCGAAGCAACCCAUGGCCAGGGCGCUUCCCCUCGCCAAGGCCCUUUGCGAUGUGCUUGUGCCUUUGGAGACGAUUCUCGAGUGGCGCCAAAAGCCACUGUCCCACGACAGCGACGGUGUGCGCUUGCUCGACAAGCUGCGCUGGGACCUGCGGGUGGCCUCGGGCGCAGAUCUCGGAGACCAUGAUAAGAGGCACCUGGCCAAGCAUGAGGCCCUCUAUGCUGCCGUUUCCUCUUUGGCCGCACCGGAUGCCGCCGCACGGAUGAAGGAGGGAAAGCAGCAGUGCGUCCGAUCUCGGCUUUACUUCAGCCACAACUCACAGCUCUCAGGCCUCCUCCAUUUGAUGCUGACGGGCCUUCUACACUCCAAGGCAAGCCCGGCAAAGCCGGCGAGUUCGCCACCGGAUUGUUCACCGGAAGCUUCUGCCGAGGUGGCCAGUAGCUUCAGCAGCGAUGCCGAGGGUCUUUCAGCUUCGGGAUACCCUGCGCCGCAGCCAGAGGUGCGCAGCCUCUACGCGCAGCGUCUCGGUUUCUUGUCGCACUUUAUCGUACGUCUCUGGCGGAAGCGUUCGGAUGCAUCACUGCGAGUGACCUGCGACGUCUCGCCAACAGGCUCCUACCAGACGCGUGUGCGGCUUUUUGACCUUCCCUUCACGGAGGUGGAUUCGCAGUGGUCUGAGGUGCUCGAGCCUGUAGACUACCAUGGUCACGAGCACCCCCAGAUGCCGCGAGGUGCAGAGUAG